CGGCUCGCGCGGCUAGGUGCGAGGAGACCCGGGACCCCACGCCCGCCCGCCCUGCCCAGCGCCCCCGCCCCGGCGUGCGAGGCGCCGCUCCCUCCUCUGCCCUGCGCGGUGCAUGGAGGGGCCCGUUCGGAUCGCAGCCGCCGCCACCGUAGCCGCCGCCGCGCGCGCGCCAGGGGAUGACCUGGGGGUGGCUUUCCGAGCCGGCUGCCGCGCAGGAGGUCUGGAGGCUUAGCCAGCCCCGCGGAGAGUGAACCAAGGCCUGGGUUUUGCUCUGGAAGCCUGUCCUGCCUGCUUCUGUCAUCUGGCGCUAUGCAUCCGGAUCUUGGAGCCUUAUGUACACUGCUAUAUGUUACUCUUACAGUUCUGUGCUCUUCUGUGAGUUCAGACUUGGCACCUUAUUUUACUUCUGAGCCACUCUCUGCCGUCCAGAAACUUGGUGGACCUGUAGUACUACAUUGUUCUGCCAAACCUGGGACCACUCAUAUCUCAUGGUUGCAUAAUGGAAAAAAAUUGGAUGGAAACGUGGAACAUAUUAAGAUUCAUCAGGGGACUUUGACAAUUCUUUCUCUUAACUCCUCCCUUUUGGGUUACUACCAGUGCCUUGCCAACAAUAGCAUCGGUGCCAUUGUGAGUGGCCCAGCAACAGUAUCUGUGGCAGUUCUUGGUGAUUUUGGUUCAUCCACAAAGCAUGUUAUUACAGCAGAAGAAAACAGUGCUGGUUUCAUUGGCUGCAGGGUACCAGAGAGUAACCCCAAAGCUGAGGUGCGCUAUAAAAUCCGGGGAAAAUGGCUGAAACAUUCCACAGAGAAUUACUUAAUCCUUCCAUCAGGAAAUCUUCAGAUUUUGAAUGUAUCCUUAGAGGACAAGGGAUCAUACAAAUGUGCAGCUUAUAAUCCUGUCACACAUCAAUUAAAAGUUGAACCUAUUGGCCGAAAGCUCCUUGUGAGUCGUCCUUCUUCAGAUGAUUUUCACAUUCUUCACCCCACCCAUUCACAGGCAUUAGCGAUUCUUUCUCGUAGCCCCGUAACCUUGGAGUGUGUGGUGAGUGGGGUCCCGGCUCCUCCAGUGUACUGGCUAAAGGACGGGCAGGACAUUGCACCAGGAAGCAGCUGGAGAAGGUUGUAUUCUCAUCUUGCCACAGAUAGCAUUGACCCAGCGGACUCUGGAAACUAUUCCUGCAUGGUGGGAAACAAGUCUGGAGAUGUAAAAUAUGUGACUUACAUGGUUAAUGUACUUGAACAUGCUUCCAUUUCUAAAGGACUACAGGAUCAGACAGUGUCUCUGGGUGCCACAGUACACUUUACCUGUGACGUUCGUGGGAACCCAGCCCCCAACUGUACCUGGUUUCACAAUGCACAGCCUAUUCAUCCUUCCGCACGACAUCUAACUGCAGGAAACGGACUGAAAAUCAGUGGGGUUACCAUGGAAGAUGCUGGGAUGUAUCAGUGUGUAGCAGAUAAUGGGAUUGGAUUUAUGCAGUCUACUGGAAGACUUGAAAUUGAAAAUGACAGUGGAUUCAAGCCAGUUAUAAUUACAGCACCAGCAAGUGCACAGGUGGCAGACGGAGACUUUGUCGCUCUGUCCUGCAAUGCCAGUGGGAUGCCGGUUCCAGUCAUUCGUUGGUAUGACAGCCAUGGAUUGAUAACCAGCCAUCCAUCUCAAAUCCUGAGAUCUAAAUCCCGAAAAUCACAGUUACCAAGACCUGAGGGCUUGAACCUGGAGCCUGUGUACUUCGUCGUGUCCCAAGCUGGUGCAAGCUGUCUCCAUAUUCAGGCUGUGACUCAGGAACAUGCGGGCAGAUACAUCUGUGAAGCCACAAAUGAACAUGGUACCACACAGGCGGAAGCAUCUCUCAUGGUUGUUCCUUUUGAAACAAAUACAAAAGCAGAGAUAGUCACACUUCCUGAUGCUGCUCAGAAUGAUGAAAGAAAUAAGAGAGAUGGUUCAGAAACCAGGUUACUGAGCUCAUUUCCAGUGAAGGUCCAUCCCAGUGCAGUGGAAUCAGCGCCAGAGAAAAAUGCCAGCGGCGUCUCGGUUCCUGACGCCCCCAUCAUACUGAGCCCCCCACAGACCCACACGCCAGACACGUACAACCUGCUGUGGAGGGCAGGCAAGGAUGGUGGGCUGCCCAUCAAUGCUUACUUUGUGAAGUAUCGAAAGCUGGACGAUGGGGUUGGCAUGGCAGGAAGCUGGCACACGGUUCGAGUCCCAGGAAGUGAAAACGAGCUCCAUUUAGCUGAGCUGGAGCCGUCUAGUCUUUACGAAGUCUUGAUGGUAGCAAGAAGCGCGGCAGGUGAAGGCCAACCUGCCAUGCUUACUUUCCGAACCAGCAAAGAAAAAACAGCAUCAUCAAAAAAUACCCAGGCAUCCUCUCCGCCCGUGGGCAUCCCUAAGUAUCCUGUUGUUUCAGAGGCUGCAAACAACAAUUUUGGAGUGGUACUUACAGAUUCCUCUAGGCACAGUGGAGUUCCAGAGGCACCAGAUCGGCCUACCAUCUCCACUGCGUCAGAGACGUCAGUCUAUGUCACUUGGAUUCCUCGGGCAAAUGGGGGUUCUCCAAUCACUGCCUUCAAAGUCGAAUAUAAACGGAUGAGGACCAGCGAUUGGCUGGUGGCAGCUGAAGACAUCCCUCCUUCCAAACUUUCAGUGGAAGUUCGUAGUUUAGAACCAGGUUCAACAUACAAAUUUAGGGUCAUUGCCAUCAACCAUUAUGGUGAGAGUUUUCGGAGUUCAGCAUCUCGCCCUUAUCAGGUGGCUGGGUUCCCCAGUCGCUUUUCCAACCGUCCAGUAACUGGACCCCACAUUGCGUACACAGAGGCUGUCAGCGAUACUCAGAUCAUGCUAAAGUGGACGUACAUUCCAUCCAGUAACAAUAACACUCCCAUUCAAGGAUUUUAUGUCUAUUACCGACCAACAGAUAGUGACAAUGACAGUGAUUACAAGAGGGACGUUGUAGAAGGUUCAAAGCAGUGGCACAUGAUUGGCCACCUCCAGCCAGAAACCUCCUAUGACAUUAAAAUGCAAUGCUUCAACGAAGGAGGAGAAAGUGAAUUUAGCAAUGUGAUGAUCUGCGAGACUAAAGUGAAACGUGUUCCUGGGGCUUCUGAAUAUCCUGUCAAAGACUUGAGUACCCCUCCAAAUUCUUCGGGAAGUGGAGGAAAUGUGGGGUCUGCAGCCAGCCCUGCUAGAAGCAGUGACAUGUUAUAUCUGAUCGUUGGCUGUGUGCUGGGCGUCAUGGUCCUCAUUCUGAUGGUUUUCAUUGCAAUGUGCCUGUGGAAGAAUCGCCAGCAGAAUACCAUACAAAAAUAUGACCCACCAGGAUAUCUCUACCAAGGAUCAGAUAUGAAUGGGCAGAUGGUAGAAUACACCGCUCUCUCGGGAGCGAGUCAGAUAAAUGGAAAUGUUCACGGAGGCUUCCUAACCAACGGCGGUCUCAGCAGUGGCUAUUCCCACCUUCACCGUAAGGUCCCCAACGGAGUCAAUGGAAUUGUGAAUGGGAGCCUAAAUGGAGGACUUUACUCUGGGCACACCAACUCUCUACCCAGGACACAUGUGGAUUUCGAACAUCCUCGUCAUCUAGUGAAUGGUGGUGGAAUGUACACGGCCGUGCCUCAGAUUGACCCUCUGGAGUGUGUUAACUGCCGAAACUGUCGAAACAACAAUAGGUGUUUCACCAAAACCAACAGCACUUUCAGCAGCAGCCCUCUCCCUGUGGUCCCUGUAGUAGCACCUUAUCCUCAGGAUGGUUUGGAAAUGAAGCCCCUCAGUCACAUGAAGGUGCCUGUAUGCCUGGCUUCUGCAGUCCCUGAUUGUGGUCAGUUGCCUGAGGAGAGCGUCAAGGACAAUGUGGAACCAGUCACUACUCAGCGUACCUGCUGUCAGGACGUUGUAAAUGACGUCAGCUCUGAUCGCGCAGAAGAUCCAGCAGAGUUCUGCAGAGGUCAGGAAGGCAUGAUCAACCUUGGGAUUCCAGAUCGUCUUCAGUUAGCUAAGAGCUGUGUAUGGGAAGGAGACAGCUGUGCCCAUUCAGAAACAGAGAACAACAUUGUAAGUUGGAAUGCUCUUAUUUUGCCACCUGUCCCAGAGGGCUGUGCUGAAAAGACAACGUGGUCUCCACCUGGCAUUCCUUUAGACAGCCUGACAGAGGUCCUUCAGCAGCCCCAGGAAACCUGAGGAUGUGCAAACAGCCAGUCAUUUUCCGACUUCAAGCCAGUAACUGCACAAAACAGGCCUGGGAGUGAACUGUGUGAAGGACCUUAAUUCAGAUCAGAGAAAAUCAUUAUUUAUUUUUUUGUAGUAGUAAUGUCAUAUGAAUGUAUCUUAAAAUGUGUGCCCUUUUAUAUUAUUUAUGCCUUAAAUGUUUUCUUCCCCAUUCCUUCCUCCCCCUCAGUAGGAAGCAACCUUGUUUUGCAUAGUAUUCAGUCACCUGGAGGGCCAAGGGGUCCUUCCAUGUUUUCUAACAGCUACAGUGAUAGCAAGAGCUCCUCAUGCAAAGGAUCCCAUCUCUUGGCUGUUUUGGCUGAGAGGGAAUGCAGGGGCCAAUUGAAGGUUGCCACCAGCUGGGUUUUCAGGUAGAAAAUGAUCUUUUAAUAGUGUAUUCUCAGACUUUUUUUUUUUUUUUUUUUUGAGAUGGAGUCUUGCUCUGUCAUCCAGGCUGGAGUGCAAUGGCUUGAUCUCGGCUCACUGUGACAUCUGCCUCGCGAGUUCAAGCAAUUCUCCCGCCUCAGUCUCCCGAGUAGCUGGGACUACAGGCAUACAGGCACCUGCCACCACACCCGGCUAAUUGUUUUGUAUUUUUAGUAGAGACAAGGUUUCACCAUGUUGGUCAGGCUGGUUUUGAACUCCUGAUCUCAAGUGAUCCACCGGCCUCCACCUCCCAAAGUGCUAGGAUUACAGGCGUGAGCCACCACACCCGGCCUGUGUUACCAGACUUUCUGAGAACACUUUGAAGUCAACUGCAGUUGUGACCCGUGUUUAUAAUAGCAGACCUGGCUGGCGAAUUUUACAAGAGUGCCUUCCACAGAAGUGGUGAUGUGACCUGUUGACUUUCUAUCUGCACGUGGGCACAAGUGAUGUUCAGUUUGCUAGGCACUAGUCAUGGUGUUGUGGAUGUGGUGGAGUGUAAGGUCUUGAUGAAUUAUGGCAGUAUGCAGAAAAGAAACCAAGGCCAGAGAGACAAAUAAUGCCUAAUGUCCCACUGCUUUAAAAUUAAUUUAUCAAAUGGCUACUGUGGGGCUCUCUUUGACCGUUUCUAGGAGUAGGAACAAAAUAAGACAUUAAGUGGUGGCUUGAAGAGAAAGAUACACAUUUUUAGAAGAAAGGGGAAGGCUGCAGGGAGCCCGUCUUGGUGGGAGCUCUGCAGUCUGUUGGAUUCGCGUAGGAAUAUGCUCAUGGUGCCCUGACGCUGAAGCUAGUCAUCCCCCAUCUCCAGCAUAGGCAGCAGCCGGCAGGGGUGAGUGUCAGAAAAGACUUACGUUGGAAGAAAAGAGUUGUUUUUUUUUUUUCCUGAAAUUUCCUGACACCUCUUUCAGAAUGUCACCCUUGUAAACAGGCACCCAAAGCGUUGGUCAGCAGAGCUCCUGACCACGGCUGCCUUUGUGUGACAAGGACAUUUGCAGCUGCCUUUGGAAGGCUCUUCACAUUAAAAAGCAAUAAUUAUAUCAGUGUGUUUCAUAGCUUGAGUCAAGCUUUCAAGGAUCACUGCUCCUUUUUGCAUUAUGCAUCCAUUUGGGGAAAGAAACAGAAAAUUAUUCUCUUUAUAUAGAGUCAAGCAAUUCCAGCAGAAGUGAAGAAAUGUUAGUUUCCCAGAAAUCGCAGUGAAAUAGAAUAUAAUACUAUGUUAACCAACUUUCUGUAUAAAUGCAUCAGUAUUCCCUUACAUAUGUCUAUAUAUUUUAUAAUAGAACUGUUAGUGAAAAUGUGCUUGUUUAAGCUGGGUCACUAUGCAAGAGUUACUUCCAGUAGAAUGUAGUGAAUGUAGUUCCCUAGUCAGAUAUUAGGGAUGCUGUAGACCCAAGUUCUACAUUCCAGAUGUCCGUGCCUAUAGUAUACUGGAUUUAUUCUUCAUGUUGCUUAGAUGCAAUUAGCUCUGGAGGGGGAUAGCUGCAUCCCUUAUUUCUGGGACUAGCAAAGGACGAAGUCCCAGCGUGCAGAAUAUGAAAACAUACCCUGUGUUAGCCAAUCAAGUUACAGCAGUGCUGUCACAAAGGGAGUUUCAGAAAACAGGCGAGUCAAUGUCCAUAGACAGCCAUUUUGAUUCAGGAAACAGGUGUAUUAGCAUGAGCCUUAGGUCAUGAACUGCUUUUAAAGAUUGAGUUUGAAUAUGGGAUCUGUCCACGAGGAAGAGAAAAUGGCUUUACCUUUAGGACAAUCUCAUUGUGGACUGCUUUAUUUAUAUUAUUAGUAACGCUGUUUUAAGUGUUAUUCUUUUUAUUGUAUUUUAUUUAUAAAAAAUGCCUUUAUAUAUUGAAAUAUAUAAAUAUAUAUAUACACACACACACAUAUAUAUAUAUAUAAUUGCCUUUAUGUUUAGGCGGUAUGAGUUCUCCCUAAGCGUGAGUUGGCUCUGAACUUUUCUCCCUGCACAGGCACCCAAACCUAAUGUCACUUCACCAGGAAAUGAGAGGGCAUGGUACGGUGUGAGAGAGAGCACUAACGCGUGUUGAAUAACUGCUGUGUACCAGGCACUGUGCUCGGUGCUUGUUACUGUUAACUCAUUUAAACCUCACAACACAUCUACAAAGUUGGCAUUAAAAUCCCCAAGUCACUCAGUGAGCCAUGGGACCUGAAUCCGAACCCAGUUUAUCUGGAGCCAUAAUCUGGGCUCCUCCCAUUUUUCCAUCCUGCUUUCCACAAGCAUGGCAGUUCACUCUUUGGAUAGAACCAGUCCCGUUCCGUAUGCUGUGAUCUGUCCCUGCUGUGGAAUUCCUCCAAGGCUCCAGUGCGGUAGCCGGAGAAGCUGCCCUCUGGCCUCUGUGGGCAGAGCUCCGCUUAUGACUUCGUCUUCCAGGAGUCCACAUUUCUCCCCUUGAUGCACCCGUCUGCCACCUCCACCUGGAAAUUUGAGCUUUACUGUGCUCAGUGAUCAGGAAAUUGGUCACGCCUCUUCAUGUUCCUUCUCAUCUAGAAUUCUGUGUGAUUGUUUUAGCGUUAAACUGCCCUGCUCCCACUGUAUCAUUUCACUAUCUCCUUUUAAUGUUUUUCUUUCAGUUUUGCACUGACAGUCUGGUGUCAGGUGCUGCCAGGGUGCAAGUGAAGUGGCAAUGUUCUAAACCUUUUGAAGUGUUCUUAGCAAAAGCCUUUCUUUCUGGGUUUUGUUUUUGUCCAAUGAGUCGAUGAAGACUCAGUGCAUCCAUCUUGGACUGAUGGUGCCACAGAUCUCAUUCCAGCUCCAGCACUGCCAGGACGUGAAGUUUAUGAUUGAAUUUUACCUGUGUUGCUCUCUUUUAAAGUAAUGACUUUGAGAUGCAUGCUUUGUAUCAUAUUGAAAAGUAUGUUUGAUAUUCCUUAAAGUUGUAAUGUUGUGUGUGAAACUGUACAUAUUUUAAAUGAUGUAGCUUUGGCAGGUUUUAUUUGGUUGACAUGAUUUUAUAUUAAAAGAGAACGCUGCUUUCAUAUAGCUUAGCCCCUGAAGGUGGGGCUACUCCCCGUUUGUACAACGCUGCUUAUAGUUUGUGACUGGGGUCGGCGAAUGUCUUACUCUGAAAUUCUUUGGAGCCUCCACCCCUGUCCUGCCCUGAAACUCCCCUGUGCACACCCCUUCUGUUCUGGCUGCAGAGACCAAGGCCCCGAAGGAGCAGGAUCUUGGGCAAGUGUUUUAGGGGAGGCUGAGAACAUGCCUGAGCCUGGGGGGCGAUGCGGAGGCAGGCCCAGCUCCUCUGGGCAGCUUUGCAUUUGUUUGGAAGGAAGGGAGGUGGGUAGGAGAGGAGCUUGGAAGGAUGAGGGGGAGUGGUCCUGCCUCACACAUUGUUUAUUUUUACCGUUAACCUAGGGCCACAUUGUUAUGAACUCCAGUAUAGAAAUUUAGCCUUGUGAAAAAGUGUUGUUUUACUGCCCUAAGAAGAUACACAUCUCUAGGCAUCUCUGACUAGACAGCCAACAAAGUCUUUUGCAUCGGGUGUGGCCCUUUUGUAUUUUAUUUCCUGUAUUUAAAUAAGCCUUCCUUACACCCUAGCCCCAGCGCUGAGAGCUUUGAGGGUAGCUGAAACCCCUUAUCUAAUAAAGUCUAACUCUGUGAGAACCACA